AUGCGGUUUCCACUCAAGGCGCCAGCUAGAUCGCUGCUAUGGCGCUCACUGCGCGUAUACCAAGUGUAUGGCGCCAAUACCGAGGUCGGAAAGACCGUCGUCACAACGUUGCUCUGCAAAGCCGCCCGCAGGCUCUGGAAGAAGGAGGAGACAGGCUAUGUGAAACCGGUCUCGACUGGAGCUGCCACCGAUGCGGAUGACUUGCAUAUCCGGAGGUUUGCCCCUGGGAUACCCAGCAAGACGCUUUUCCAGUAUGACCUUGCCGUGAGCCCGCACAUUGCGGCCGAGGCAUCGAAGAAAUUCAUUCCCUCGGAUGAGAUUCUUCUAAACGAGCUUUCCAUAUCUGCCUCUCAGCAAGCAUCUCGGGGUCCAGGAUGGCUGUUCAUCGAAACAGCCGGAGGCGUCCAUUCCCCCGGCCCCUCAGGAAGCACCCAGGCCGACUUAUACCGGCCUUUGCGACUCCCUGUCGUCCUUAUCGGUGACAGCAAACUCGGCGGAAUUUCACAAACCAUCUCGGCAUUUGAAUCCCUCAAGAUCCGAGGCUACGAUGUUGAUACGGUGAUGUUAUUUAGCGAGCCGCAGUAUCAAAACUACCAGUACCUCACCCAGUACUUCAAACAGGAGCACGACAUCCCCGUCGCGUCAUUCUCUGGGCCACCACGGAGGAUGGAGAAUGACACGACCAGUGACGUCAAAAAUAUGUCUCAGUACUACGAAGAUAAUAGUAAAAGCGAGACAUUCCAAGACGUUCUCAACCACUUGAACGCCCGCCACCAAGACCGGAUCGCACGUCUCGAGUCGAUGAGCACCAAAGCCUCAGACAUCAUCUGGUACCCUUUCACCCAACAAAAACACCUCACCAAGGACAAAAUCACCGUUAUCGACUCCGCACAUGGCGACUGCUUUGAAACCCUCAUACCCGAAACACAGCCCCAGGAAUCAACCACUCCAGUCCCAUCUUCCCCUCCUCCCACAACCGCCCUCCUUCAGCCCUCCUUCGACGGCUCCGCAUCUUGGUGGACCCAAGGCCUCGGCCACGGUAACCCCAAGCUCGCACUCACCGCCGCCUACGCCGCCGGCCGCUACGGUCACGUCAUGUUUGCUGAAGCGGUGCAUGAGCCCGCGCUCGCCCUGGCCGAGACGCUGCUCGCGGGUUUACAGAACCCACGUCUGUCCCGCGUGUUUUAUUCCGAUAACGGCAGCACGGCGGUGGAGGUUGCAGUCAAGAUGGCGUUACGCGCGGCUAGGGUGCGGUACGGGUGGGAUGAAGUGGAUGAUGCGGGUAGGUUGGGCGUGUUGGGGUUGAGGGGGAGUUAUCAUGGGGAUACGGUGGGCGCGAUGGAUUGCUCGGAGCCGUGUGUGUACAAUGAGAAGGUGGAGUGGUACGAGGGAAGGGGGUAUUGGUUGGACUAUCCGGUGGUUGAAUAUAGUGGGGGAACUUGGGUCGUGAGGUAUCCGUCGGAGAUGGUUGAUCCUCUGGGUGAGAGUGGUGGGCGCUCUCGCUUUGAGUAUGCGUCGGUGUCAGCGGUGUUUGAUGUCGAGGGCCGGGAAAAGGGUGAAGAGGGGCGGUUUUAUGAAGAUUUCCUCACCGCAACUCUCAAGAGACUCGUCGCAGAGGGACAUAAAUUCGGGGCACUCAUGCUAGAGCCGGUUGUGCUCGGCGCAGGGGGCAUGUUGCUUGUUGACCCUCUCUUUCAACGCACCCUCGUCAAAGUCGUCCGUCAACACCCUUCCCUCUUCGGCCACUCCACCUCCCCACAAUCGCCCAGCUCUUCCCCCACAGCCUGGACCGGCCUGCCCGUAAUCUUCGACGAGGUCUUCACCGGCCUUUACCGUCUCGGCCGCUUCUCUGCCGCUUCAUACCUUGGCGUCAACCCGGACAUCUCAGUGCACGCCAAACUUUUAACCGGCGGGCUCCUCCCUCUCAGCGUGACGCUGGCAUCGGAGGACAUCUUCCAAGCCUUUUCCAGCGACGACAAAAGUGAUGCAUUGCUGCACGGCCACAGUUACACGGCGCAUGCUGUGGGGUGUCAAGUAGCGUUGGAGAGUGUCAAGGAGAUGCAGCAGAUGGAGGGACGCGGGGAUUGGGAGUGGGCAAAGGGGCCGUAUGAGAAGGAGGUCUCGGAGGUGUCAACAACCUCAGCGUCUCCUGGAAAGGAUAACCUGGCCUGGUCGGUUUGGAGCCCCGAGUUCAUCCGGUGGGUGGACCAACUGCCAAGUGGGUUUGUGAGUGGCAUCUGGGCGCUGGGCAGUGUUCUGGCUAUUCGUAUCGCCAGUGCCGAUGGCGUUGACAGCUACAAGAGCAAUGCGGCCCGGGUAGUGCAAGCAGCUCUGCUUCGGGGUGAUGGGACCGAUGUUGGUGUUGAUGGGGAGAAGUCAGGAGAUAUCUCGCGGUGGAAUGUGCAUACCCGUGUGUUGGGCAAUACGCUCUACGUCAUGACUGGGCAGAAGACAACGGGAGAUAGUGUUUGGGGUUUGGAAAGUCUGUUACGCCGGGCGUUGGAAGACGCACGAAAAGCAGGCAGCGCUUGA